AUGGCGCCACCCAUCGAGAUCUCCGUCCCAACAACCUCCGUCACAUCUCCUCCCGACGCGAAGCCUUUCACGCAAUACAACAUCACUCUCCGCCUUCCUCUCCGCUCCUACGUCGUCCAGAAGCGCUACACCGACUUCAACAACCUUCACACAGCCCUUACCAGCCUCGUCGGCGCACCACCCCCGGCUCCGCUACCAGGCAAGCACUGGUUCAAAUCGACAGUCUCGUCGGCAGAACUAACAGAGGACCGCCGGCGUGGUCUCGAGACCUACCUGCGCUCGAUAGCGGAGUCGCCUGACCGGCGAUGGCGCGACACGCCCGCAUGGCGAAGCUUCCUCAACCUGCCGGCGGUGGGCGGCGGCAGCGCGGCGAGCUCAAGCGGGAUCGGGGUCGAGGGCAAGCUGCCCGCUAUAAACACAAGAGAGGGCAACGCCGCGGCCGCGAGCGAUCCACGCACGUGGACUGAUUUACACCGUGAGAUGAAGGGUCUGCUAGGAGAGGCCAGGCAGCAGCUCUCCAAGAGGGACGCGGCGUCGGACGUGGGCGUCGGGUACAUAGGCGGCGCCCCGACGCAGGCAUUGGAGGCUGGGGCUGCGGCGAAGAGGGCGCUGGUUCGUGCAUCCAACCUCAUCAGGGCGCUGGACGACGGGCUCAAAGACAUGGGCGACCGCAGGAAGCUGGGCGAAGGCGAGCUCCUGCGCAGACGGGACCUGGUGGCUGCGGCGCGGCAGGAGAGAGACGGCCUCGAGAAGGUCGGCGCAAGCAUCGGUGGUUCGGCGGGCCAUGGCGCAGCUGGUGGGCGGGAUGGCCCCGUCAGCUCAGGAGAUAAGGCGGUGCUCCUCGGGCGCGGCGGCACGGGGACGGCCAGGCGGGUGCUUGGGGCACCGCUGCCCGAGACGGAGAGGACGCGGGAGCUGGACAACGCAGGCGUGUUGCUGCUUCAGAAACAGCAGAUGGCGGAACAGGACCAGGACGUGGAGGAGCUGACGCGGAUCGUGCGGCGGCAGAGGGACGUGGGCAUGGCGAUCGAGCGCGAGGUGAGAGAGCAGUUGGAUUUGUUGAACGAGACGGAUGAGCAUGUGACCCGGGUGGGCGUCAAGCUGGACGUCGCGAACAAGAAGACACGGAAGCUGGGACAGUGA